AAAAAAUGGAUCUCCCCUGUCCCUGGUAUUCUCUUCUAAUUCCCCUGUUUGUCUUCAUUUUCCUCAUAAUUCAUCACUGCUUCUUUACUACUUCAAAUACCCAAAAUAUAUUAUUACCACCAUCUCCAAGCAAGCUUCCAAUCAUAGGCAAUCUGCACCAACUUGGGUUGCAUCCUCAUCGUUCUCUCCAUAAACUAUCGAAAAAAUAUGGUCCAGUCAUGCUACUUCACUUGGGUAAUAAGCCAGUGAUUGUUGCUUCCUCUGUCGAUGCUGCUCGUGAUAUCAUGAAAACUCACGAUCUCGUAUGGGCAACUAGACCUAAAUCCAGCAUAGUCGACAGACUUUUUUAUGGCUCUAAGGACGUGGGGUUUAGUCCAUUUGGUGAAUAUUGGAGGCAAGUUAGAAGUAUUGUCGUGCUUCACCUUCUUAACGACAAAAGAGUCCAAUCUUUUCGUUAUGUCAGAGAAGAAGAAACGGCAAAUAUGAUUGAAAAAAUUAGGCAAGGAUGUGAUUCUUCGAGUUCAGUAAUAAAUUUGGGAGAUCAUUUAUGUUCUCUGACUAAUAACAUAAUUAGCAGAGUGGCGUUAGGGAGGAUAUAUAAUGAGAGGGAAAGUGGAAUAGAUGCAAAGAUCAUUCUAGCAGAAUUUCUUCAACUUUUGGGUACUUUUAACGUGGGGGAUUAUAUUCCUUGGCUUGAAUGGGUCAAUAAAAUCACUGGUUUAAACACCAAAGUGGAGAAAAUAGCUAAAAAGUUGGAUACAUUUUUAGAGAGUGUGAUUGAAGAACACAUUAUUAGGACCAAGGAAAAAGAAUACAGCGUGGCUGAAGCUAAUGAUUUCGUAGAUGUUUUGCUAGAAAUUCAAAAUGGAAAGGAAACUGGUUUUCCUCUUCAAAGGGAUUCAUUGAAAGCUAUCCUCUUGGAUUUGUUUGCUGCUGGGACGGAUACAGUAUAUACAGCUCUAGAUUGGACAAUGGCAGAGCUUUUGAGGCAGCCAAGGGCCAUGAAAACAUUACAGAAUGAAGUGCGAGGAUUAACUCAAGGAAAAUCAGAGGUAAUAGAGGAUGAUCUAAAAAAUAUGGAGUAUCUGAGGGCUGUUAUCAACGAAAGCCUUAGGCUUCAUCCACCGAAUUCACUAUUAAUUCCUCGAGAAUCAAUGGAAGACGUGAAAUUAUUAGGCUAUUAUCACAUACCUGUUAGAACUCAAGCCAUUAUUAAUGUUUGGGCGAUCGGAAGAGAACCCUUAUUAUGGGAAAAUCCAGAGGAGUUUCGGCCUGAGAGAUUAUUAAAUUGUGAUAUUGAUGUAAAAGGACUAAACUUUGAGUUGAUUCCGUUUGGAGCUGGCAGAAGGGGCUGCCCAGGAAGUAGUUUUGGUAAUGCGGUAAUUGAGCUAGCAUUAGCAAGGCUUGUGCACAAGUUCAAUUUUGCGUUACCAAAAGAAGAAUAUUUGGACAUGACUGAAUGCACUGGCAUCACUACUCGUAGGAAAUCACCUUUGCUAGUUGUGGCCACUCCAUGCUCUAGCUAGUUAGGAGUUUUUUCUCCAUAGUCUUAUUCACCAAUAUUAUUAAUUAAACUAAGUUACCAAUAUUGCUAGUAGUUAAUAAUUUCACAAUAUGUAAUAAGUGUAUUGGUCGACUUCCUUUUUGGGUGUUAAUUUGUAUGUUGUUUUA